CAAGGUUAAGGAUAAGGACACAGCCCCAGAAUGGCCACUCCUCUGGGCAAGCAUCAAUGGCUCUGUGACAGAGCUGCACCAGGUGGACCGUGAGGAACCGGAGAUGAAGCUGCACCAAGGGGACCACAAGGGGCCUGAGGUGGAGCUGCCCUGGGGAGUCCUUCAAAGACCAGAAUGGGGUUUCCAGCAGACGAAGCCUGGAAGACCUGGAGUGGAGCUCCACCAGGAGGCCCAAGGUGGUCCAGAGCUGCACCUGAGGGCUGAGGAGCGUUCCAGUGUGGAGCUUCACCAGGAGGCCAGGCCGCGCACUGGGGCUGAGCUUCACCGGGAGGCCAGGCCGCGGUCCAGGGCUGAGCUUCGCCGGGAUGCCAGGCCGCGGUCCAGGGCUGAGCUCCACCGGGAGGCCCGGGCCCAGGCCCGGGAAGCAGCUGAGCUGAGGCGGGUGAGGGAAGUACAGCAGACCCGAAGGAGGCGGUUAUCGGAGGCGUGCGUGCGGUCCUGGGCGGAGGAGGAGGCUGGGCCCGGGCCUGGGCCUGGGGCUGGGGCUGGGGCUGGAACCGGGGCCCUGAGCCCACAGCAGGUAUCACGGAUCUGGGUUGAGGACCGGUACCGGCUGCUGUACUGUGAGGUACCGAAGGCAGGAUGCUCCAACUGGAAGCGGGUGCUGAUGGUUCUAGGGGGCCAGGCCCAGACCACGGCCCAGAUUGAGCACCAAGCUGCCCAUUACAGUAACUCCCUGCGGCGGCUCGACAGCUUUGACCGGGAGGGUGUGCUGCUCCGGCUCCGCACCUACACCAAACUGCUGUUUGUCCGAGAGCCACUCGAACGCCUGGUCUCGGCCUUCCGCGAUAAGUUUGAGCGACCUAACGCCUACUACCAGCCGCUGUUUGGCAGCGCCAUCAUCGCCCGGUACCGACCUAACGCUACUGCCCAGGCUCUCCGCACUGGCUCCGGCCUCACCUUCCCAGAGUUUGUCCAGUACCUGUUAGACCCGGCCCGGCCCCUGGGCAUGGACAUUCACUGGGAGCCAGUGAGCCACCUGUGCAGCCCGUGUCGUAUCCACUAUGACUUUAUCGGGCGGUUCGAGCGCCUGGAGAGUGAGGCCGACUCCGCCCUGAGGCUCCUUGGGGCCCCCCGGAAGCUCCGCUUUCCCCGCGGUAACCCUAGCACCGGGCCCAGCCUCAGCCACCGGUACCUCUCACAGCUGAGCCCUGCGGACAGGAGUCGGGCCUUUCACUUCUACCGCAGCGACUACACCCUGUUCAACUACCCACGGCCCCCCGGCACCCUCCCAGACUGAG